AACGAUCUCUAAGUGCUUUCUUUGUCUCGUAUCUUCUGUAAACGGCAUAUCAAGCAACAAACAACACAGAGAUUCGAGAGAGUUGUCAUCAGGCUAGAGAUUAUGCAUGUGUCGUCUGAUAAGAUCUCGACGCUGUCUGAUGAAGAGGAGACCCCAUAGCGGCUUUUACCUCAGCUAAGCCCCCAUAAGUCACGCGUAGCUUCCUGAUGUAAAGAGAGUUGUCAUCCCGUCGUUCCACGCAAGACCGCACACCCCCGAUUCAAAUUUCCUCCCGAAUCAUUUAUAAAGGGGAGUCGUGUGACAGAGUAGUCGGUCAUUACGGUGCCACCUACGGUGGAAAGAGAGAUUCUUCACCGCCUGGACACUGGUUCGAUUCCCACACAACCACUUGUCUCGAGAUCUCUGACUGAGGUGCAGAAAACUCGUUAUCAAGGACAGUAGCGUAUCAGCUUCUUGUCUUUGGAGCAUCGCCCACAGAAGCUGAUUCAAACCACAUGCUCUAAGAGAUCACUACGGGGCAAGCCGAAGAAGAGAAAUCACUUUCGUCGACGGUCUCCAUUGAACAACAACAAGGCCGCUGAGUGCUACGCAGAAGAAAAGCAAAACGGCUCUCUUUCAGCGUCUGUGACGAAUUGCUUCCUGAAAUGGCGAACCAGGCACUGUGCUUGUACCUCUACGCUCUCCUACUAGUGAAAUCAUGCGAAGGAGUGUUGGAGCUGAGACUUGUAGAUGGACGGAACCCGUUUGAAGGUCGUUUGGAGGUCAGGGACAAGGACAUCAUGGGGCGGCAGUGGGGGACGGUGUGCGACGAUCGGUGGGGAAUCAAGGACGCAGAGGUGGCGUGUCGGCAGCUGGGUUUCCCGGGGGCGGCGUGGGCUCACGGCGGCGGGAGGUUCAGCCAUGGGGCCGGGCGGAUCUGGCUGAGCGAGCUGCGGUGUGACGGGUCCGAGGACAACCUGGGGGCGUGCGCGCACGGGGGGUGGGAGACUAACUUCUGUGAUCACAGCCAGGACGCGGGCGUUAUCUGUCACGUCCCCGGAUAUCUCGGCUGCUACCGAGACUUCCUUCUCCCCGACGACCGAGUGUUCUAUCACGAGUACCUCCGAACAUUCGCGAUGACCAUUCAGAUGUGUACCGAACAUUGCCGAGGACUCGGGUACAAGUACGCCGGGGCCCAGCGAGGGACGGAGUGUUUCUGCGGUCAGGACGAGCAUUUCACUCGGCUGGGGAACAGACGGAAGGACCGAGAGUGCCAGGACCAGUGUGCCGGGGACCCGGACCAAGUGUGUGGCAGUGGCUACCUGGAAAAUAGCAACAGACUCACAAUAUACGACGGUAAGGGGCGCUUAUAA